CCGGCGUGCCGACGCCUGCGUCAGCAAAGAGCGGGGCUGGGGGCACCGGGUUUGAAGUCGUGCGGGUCGAACGGCUGCCGCCUCCGCCGCUGUCUCAGACCCCUGUUCCCGGGCCGCGGCGAGGACGAGCUCGGGGAGGCGGUGGGGCAGAUGCCCGAGGGUCCGCACCAGGACGUCCCACGCCGCACCGGCCGCUCCCCUCUGCUUCGCGGCCUGGGCCUGCGCCUCUUUGCUGUCUGGAAACUAGCGCCUCAGCGUCGCGGCCCCUAGCUCGCGGGGAACCUCGAACCGCCGGCGCCCGGCCAUGGCGGUCUCCAGGUGUUGAUAUACUUACGGAGUACUAAUUGGGAUACCCGGAUUGCAGCAGGACAAGCUGUUGAAGCUAUAGUGAAAAAUGUACCUGAAUGGAAUCCAGUGCCAAGAACCAAACAAGAACCUACUUCAGAAAGUGCUAUGGAAGAUUCAUCUACUACAGAUCGAUUAAAUUUUGACAGAUUUGAUAUAUGUAGAUUGUUACAACAUGGGGCAUCACUACUGGGAUCUGCUGGUGCAGAAUUUGAAGUACAAGAUGAAAAAUCAGGUGAAGUGGAUCCUAAAGAGAGGAUAGCACGCCAACGAAAACUAUUACAGAAGAAACUUGGUCUUAAUAUGGGAGAAGCCAUUGGAAUGAGUACUGAAGAACUCUUCAAUGAUGAAGAUUUGGAUUAUACUCCGACAUCAGCAGCCCUUGUAAACAAACAACCUACUCUCCAGGCAGCUGAAUUGAUUGACUCAGAAUUUCGAGCAGGAAUGAGCAAUAGACAAAAAAACAAAGCUAAAAGAAUGGCCAAGUUAUUUGCAAAACAGAGAUCCAGGGAUGCUGUGGAAACUAAUGAGAAGAGCAAUGAUAGCACUGAUGGGGAACCAGAAGAAAAGAGACGAAAAAUAGCAAAUGUUGUUAUUAAUCAGCCUGCAAAUGAUUCCAAAGUCUUGAUUGAUAAUAUUCCAGACAGUUCUUCCUUAAUUGAAGAGACAAAUGAAUGGCCUUUGGAAAGCUUUUGUGAAGAACUUUGCAAUGACCUUUUUAAUCCCUCCUGGGAGGUUCGACAUGGCGCAGGCACUGGCCUUAGGGAAAUCCUUAAAGCUCAUGGUAAAAGCGGUGGUAAAAUGGGAGAUAGCACUUUAGAAGAGAUGAUUCAGCAGCAUCAAGAGUGGUUGGAAGACUUGGUUAUUAGACUCCUUUGUGUUUUUGCGUUAGACAGAUUUGGAGACUUUGUUUCUGAUGAGGUUGUGGCACCAGUUCGUGAAACUUGUGCCCAAACAUUGGGUGUGGUGUUAAAACACAUGAAUGAAACAGGAGUUCAUAAGACUGUGGAUGUGCUGCUUAAGUUACUCACACAAGAACAAUGGGAAGUUAGACAUGGUGGUCUACUGGGAAUAAAAUAUGCUUUGGCUGUGCGUCAGGAUGUGAUUAAUACUUUAUUGCCUAAAGUUUUAACUAAAAUAAUUGAAGGACUCCAGGACCUUGAUGAUGAUGUCAGAGCUGUUGCUGCAGCAUCAUUAGUACCUGUAGUAGAAAGCCUUGUGUAUCUUCAGACACAAAAGGUACCCUUCAUUAUAAAUACAUUAUGGGAUGCUCUUCUGGAACUAGAUGAUCUAACAGCUUCAACAAAUAGUAUUAUGACUCUUCUUUCAUCCCUGUUAACUUAUCCUCAGGUCCAACAAUGCAGUAUUCAGCAGUCACUCACAGUUUUAGUUCCACGUGUCUGGCCUUUUUUGCAUCACACUAUAUCCUCUGUUCGAAGAGCAGCAUUGGAAACUCUGUUUACGUUAUUGUCAACACAGGACCAGAACUCUUCAUCUUGGCUUAUACCUAUCCUGCCUGAUAUGCUGCGACACAUUUUUCAGUUUUGUGUCUUAGAAAGCAGCCAGGAAAUUCUCGACCUCAUUCACAAGGUUUGGAUGGAAUUGUUGAGCAAGGCUUCAGUUCAGUACGUGGUAGCAGCUGCUUGUCCAUGGAUGGGUGCUUGGCUUUGUUUAAUGAUGCAGCCUUCACAUUUACCUAUUGAUUUAAAUAUGUUGCUGGAAGUAAAAGCUAGAGCCAAGGAAAAAACAGGUGGUAAGGUACGCCAAGGCCAAAGCCAGAGUAAAGAAGUACUUCAGGAGUACAUUGCAGGUGCAGACACCAUCAUGGAAGACCCUGCCACCAGGGAUUUUGUGGUUAUGCGGGCCAGAAUGAUGGCAGCCAAGUUGUUAGGAGCACUUUGUUGCUGUAUUUGUGAUCCAGGUGUAAAUGUAGUAACCCAGGAAAUUAAACCAGCUGAAUCCCUUGGCCAGUUACUACUCUUCCAUUUGAACUCCAAAUCUGCCUUACAGAGAAUUAGUGUUGCUUUGGUAAUCUGUGAAUGGGCUGCUUUACAAAAGGAGUGUAAAGCUGUUACCCUAGCUGUGCAGCCACGUUUACUUGAUAUCCUUUCAGAACAUUUAUAUUAUGAUGAAAUUGCCGUUCCAUUCACACGAAUGCAGAAUGAGUGUAAACAGCUUAUUUCAUCAUUAGCUGAUGCACAGAUUGAAGUUGGUAAUAGAGUAAACAACAGUGUUUUUACAAUAGAUCAAGCUAAUGAUCUGGUCACUACUGUUUUUAAUGAAGUCACGUCAUCUUUCGAUUUAAAUCCUCAAGUGUCACAGCAGUUAGAUAGUAAACGACAGCAGGUCCAAAUGACAGUUACAGAGACCAACCAGGAGUGGCAAGUGUUGCAGUUGAGAGUGCAUACUUUUGCUGCAUGUGCCGUUGUGAGCUUGCAGCAGCUUCCAGAAAAAUUAAAUCCUAUCAUAAAACCAUUAAUGGAGACAAUUAAAAAGGAAGAGAAUACACUAGUGCAAAACUAUGCAGCCCAUUGCAUAGCCAAACUACUUCAACAAUGCACAACAAGGACACCCUGUCCCAAUUCAAAAAUUAUUAAAAACCUUUGUAGCUCACUUUGUGUGGACCCAUAUCUAACUCCUUGUGUCACAUGUCCAGUACCAACACAAAGUGGCCAGGAAAAUUCUAAAGGAUCAAACUCUGAAAAAGAUGGAAUGCACCAUACUGUCACCAAGCACAGAGGUAUAAUUACACUAUAUAGGCAUCAGAAAGCUGCUUUUGCUAUCACAAGUAGGAGAGGUCCUACCCCGAAAGCAGUAAAAGCUCAAAUAGCAGAUCUUCCUGCAGGAAGUAGUGGAAAUAUCCUUGUUGAACUUGAUGAGGCCCAGAAACCUUACCUGGUACAACGGAGAGGAGCUGAAUUUGCCUUGACAACUAUAGUGAGACAUUUUGGUGGCGAAAUGGCAGUGAGGUUGCCACAUCUCUGGGAUGCUAUGGUUGGUCCAUUGAGGAAUAUGAUCGACAUAAAUAAUUUUGAUGGAAAGUCUCUCCUGGAAAAGGGAGAUGGUCCUGCCCAAGAAUUGGUGAAUUCUCUGCAAGUUUUUGAAACAGCAGCAGCGUCAAUGGAUUCUGAGCUUCAUCCCUUGUUGGUACAGCACUUGCCUCAUCUUUAUAUGUGCCUCCAGUACCCCAGCACUGCAGUGAGGCACAUGACUGCUCGUUGUGUAGGCAUCAUGAGUAAAAUAGCUACCAUGGAAACAAUGAAUAUAUUUUUGGAGAAGGUUCUUCCAUGGCUGGGAGCAAUUGAUGACAACAUCAAACAAGAGGGUGCAAUUGAAGCACUUGCCUGUGUAAUGGAACAACUGGAUGUUGGUAUUGUUCCAUAUAUUGUCCUUUUAGUUGUGCCUGUGUUGGGAAGAAUGAGCGAUCAGACAGACAGUGUAAGAUUCAUGGCUACGCAAUGCUUUGCAACACUAAUUAGACUCAUGCCACUUGAGGCAGGCAUUCCAGACCCUCCAAAUAUGUCAGAAGAAUUAAUCCAAUUGAAAGCCAAGGAGCGACACUUUUUGGAGCAAUUGUUAGAUGGGAAGAAAUUAGAAAAUUAUAAAAUUCCAGUACCAAUCAAUGCUGAACUCAGGAAAUAUCAGCAGGAUGGUGUGAACUGGUUAGCAUUUCUUAAUAAGUAUAAACUUCAUGGAAUUCUCUGUGAUGACAUGGGUUUAGGAAAAACUUUACAGUCCAUCUGCAUUCUAGCAGGAGAUCAUUGUCACAGGGCCCAGGAAUAUGCAAGAUCAAAACUGGCAGAAUGUAUGCCACUUCCUUCCUUGGUAGUUUGUCCGCCAACGUUAACAGGUCAUUGGGUGGAUGAAGUAGGUAAAUUUUGCUCCAGAGAAUAUCUCAAUCCAUUGCAUUAUACUGGACCUCCUACUGAAAGAAUAAGGUUACAGCACCAAGUAAAAAGGCACAAUCUGAUAGUGGCUUCAUAUGAUGUUGUGAGGAAUGACAUAGAUUUCUUUAGAAAUAUUAAAUUUAACUACUGUAUUCUUGAUGAAGGCCAUGUCAUCAAAAAUGGAAAAACAAAACUGUCAAAAGCAGUAAAACAACUGACUGCUAAUUACAGGAUUAUUCUUUCUGGAACACCAAUACAGAACAACGUUUUGGAACUGUGGUCAUUAUUUGAUUUCCUCAUGCCAGGAUUUUUGGGGACUGAACGUCAGUUUGCUGCUCGAUAUGGUAAACCUAUAUUAGCAAGUAGGGAUGCUCGAAGCUCCAGUCGAGAACAAGAAGCAGGUGUUCUCGCGAUGGAUGCACUGCACCGCCAAGUCCUGCCAUUUCUUUUGAGAAGAAUGAAAGAAGAUGUUUUACAGGAUCUUCCACCCAAAAUUAUUCAAGACUAUUACUGCACUCUUAGUCCUCUCCAGGUUCAGCUCUAUGAGGAUUUUGCUAAGUCUCGCGCCAAGUGUGAUGUUGAUGAAACCGUUUCUUCAGCAGCACUUUCUGAAGAAACUGAAAAACCAAAGCUUAAAGCUACAGGCCAUGUAUUCCAGGCAUUACAGUACUUACGCAAACUGUGCAACCACCCAGCGUUAGUCUUAACACCUCAACAUCCAGAGUUCAAGAGUACUACUGAAAAACUGGCAGUUCAGAAUUCUUCUCUUCAUGAUAUUCAACAUGCCCCUAAACUCUCAGCUUUGAAACAAGUAAGUAGGUUUAACAAUGAUCCAUCCAUAGACGUUCUCUUACUUACAACUCACGUUGGUGGCCUGGGGCUUAACUUAACAGGCGCUGACACAGUGGUAUUUGUGGAGCAUGACUGGAAUCCCAUGCGUGAUCUACAGGCCAUGGACCGGGCCCAUCGCAUUGGGCAGAAACGUGUGGUUAACGUGUACCGAUUGAUAACCAGAGGAACAUUGGAAGAGAAAAUAAUGGGUUUGCAGAAAUUCAAGAUGAACAUAGCAAAUACAGUUAUCAGCCAAGAGAACUCUAGUUUGCAGAGUAUGGGGACAGAUCAACUUCUCGAUCUGUUUACUCUUGAUAAGGAUGGCAAAGCAGAAAAAGCUGACACCUCUGCUUCUGGAAAAGCAAGUAUGAAAUCAAUUCUUGAAAACCUGAGUGAUCUUUGGGAUCAAGAGCAAUAUGAGUCAGAGUACAGCCUGGAAAAUUUUAUGCAUUCUCUCAAGUAA